AUGUUAUCUGAUCAAAUCAAAUAGGUGUUGUCAACAAAAACUUCAUCUUUUCUCGCUCCUAGAUUCUCUCGAAAAACUACAUUGCUUAAAAAGAGAAAUAAAGCUCUUUCAACUUGUAGUAUAGAAGACAUUGCAACAUUGACAUAAUAAAAAAGCUUAUAAUAACCUUAAUCUAAGUAAUAAAUAGCCAGAUCAGAAUCUUAACACAAUCCAUCAACUCCAUUAGCAACUCCACAAUAAAGUAAUUCAGUUAGUUGUCAAACAAAUACAUCUCUAUUUGAUGAACAACUUCCUGAGAUUCCUGCAUCUGAUCCUAUAUGGCUUGAGAUUAUCCCUUAAGAAGUAUUGUAAGGAUCAUCAGUCGAAUAACUUCUCGAAGACAAUAAAGAUUACUUUUAUUAUUUAUUGGGAUUGUAUCUCUAGGAAUAAAUGCAUGGAGAUUUUAAUAUGAACAAAUUUAUUUUACCAACUAAAUGGUAAAGUUAAUAUGGACGUGAUUUUCCACUUAAAUAGAAAGAAAGAUAAGAAAUUAUCAAAAAUACUAUCUAUGAAGAUUAUAAAUCUCCUUAAACUUCAGAAUUUUCAAAGACCAGUUAUAAAAGUUAAUUUUCAGCAUAUCCACCAAAAGAUUACAAUCCAAAAUUAGAAAGAAGAAAAUAUGAAAAAAGUGAGUUAAAAUUCGCUACAUUGACAACAUAUAAAGUAUAAUAAUUAUUUAUAAUAGGCUAAUCAUUAUGAUUUCUAAACAAAUUAUAAACCUGAAAAAGUAACAGCAUCUAAACAUUUAACAACUGGAGGGCUUUCAUUAUCUUGUUAAACUCUUUAUAAAACAGAAUAUUAAUGGCCUUAACCAAUAGAAUAACCCUCAAAUUGUAAAAACAUUUAUUCAAAAUUGUAUAUUUUAUCGUUAUUGUUAAUUAGAAAUCCAAUAUAAUCAUCUGGUAUCUUUUUCGAUAAAUAACGAGAUAUUUACAGUAAAUUUCCAGUUGAUCCUAUUUGUAAAUCAGCUCCUUAUUAAUAAACUCCUACAUAUUAGAAUCAAUAUGUUUCUACAACUAAAAAGUAUUAUUUUUAGUAUAUAUAAAUUAGUGAUUUUUAGGGAACAAAAUUUGGAGAAGUGACUCAAAUGAAAAAUUGGAAACAAAGUGUCAUUAGAAGAAUGAAUUAAUUGAGAAAACAAUCGCAAAUAUGA